AAGAGCAGAGGGUGUUGGUUUUUUUUAAAAGGACACGAUCGCAAGUGAAUAUUCUUAGUUACCAUGUAUAGCAUUUACCUCUUAGUGCUAUACCUGAUCUAUGUUAUCUAUCGUAUCUACGUCUUAAUUCGUUACGUGGUCCUCUAGACCUCACGUACAUAGACUUCGUAAAACAUAUAAAUAGUGUUAACAUUACAUACGAAUCGCACAAACUUUGUUUCAUGCUCAUCAUCGUCCAUUUACUUUCGUAAUUGUAUUUGAUACUUGGCUUUAUUUCGUUCGCUUAGAGAUAAAAAGAAAAAAGAGAAGGAAGGAAGAGAGCGAUAGAAUUUGAGGAUCCAUAGUAGAUCGUUAAGAAGCUGAUAAAAAUUAUGGAACCGAUCGAUAUAUUAGAGUCAUUCUACGUUUUCGAAGCUUGAUCAUGACAUAUAGUUUUUACCUCGUUGUGUUGUUCGCUAUAUUUAUAUUGCUAUAUUUUUAUCGUAUCGUCGCUUCCCUUUCGUACAAUCUGUGCAUCUUUAACGAGUGUAAAGGCUGUAGUAGCAUAGUGCCGAACAAGUCAGCCGUAGAGAAACGAUCCUUAAGAAAGAGCUGAAAGCGUCCUUGUCCUAUUUUGUUUUUCAUGUGACAAUUUAGUGAAGAUCCUAUUGUCGAGUUAUCAAUAGAUUCACUGACCGUUACGUGACGUCUUGUAAGAACCUAUUAUUCGUGCUCUGAAUGAAACGAAAAUUUAAUAGGAUAAAGUAUUUCCAACUUACAGUACAAUUUUUUAAAUUCAGAACAGGAACAUCGCAGAGUCUAGAUUAUACUAGAACUUGAUGUUCUAAUCUCGGCUUUAAAAUGAUUUUGAUAUUUGUGCAGGGUAACAAGUUAUAAGUGUACUAACGAAACGAGUUUGGCGUACAGUAGUAUAAUGCGAAACGAGUCAGGCAACCAACCUGUGGAUAAGCUUAUGCACUGGUCUCUGGAGCGUAACAUUUUAUCAACGAAACUCUGGAUGCUAGUUUUAUUUGCCAUACGAUUAACAACAAAUUCGUACAUUUACAUCGAACUUCCUUUAUUUUAUUUUCUGUUUAAAUUAAACGGAUUUACAAAUUUUCACGCUAUAUUUUAUCGACAGGAGAUAAAUUAAAAAGUUGUUGUUAUCUAGACUCCCAAAUUUUGGUAAUUUCCUAAUAAUUGGAAUGUGACCAACUCUCGACAUGCAAAUUGCUUUCAGUUUAAGCACAGAUUGUACAGAAAAAGUGAUUCAAUAAAGAAUAUACUUUAAAUUAAUUAUAAUUAUAAUAAUACUAUAAUUAUAAAUAAUAAUUAAAAAAAUAAUUAUAAAUAAUAUUAUAAUUAUAAUUACAUAAAUUAUUUACAAUUAAUUAAUACUAAUUGUUUCUGCUGAUAAGUGCAAGCUGUUUCAAUCAGUUUUCCAAUUAGCUUUUUCAAUAAUAACGAAAUGAAGUGAUAUAAAAGGUAAAGGAUCUGAUUUUCGAUUACCAAUAAUCUAUAUAAGGUAUAUCAUCUUCAUUCGAAAUCAUUUUAUAUCUGAUAUAUUCCGUUUGUUAUAAUCUACCUGCCACCUUCGAUAUUCUCAUCGUUUGUUCUAACAGAGAUUGAAGAAAUUGAAUGUCAUACGAAAUGGAUAACAACGUACGGGUCAUUUCGAAAUCGAAAAUUAUGUUAAUUUACUGUUUCUAUAUCAUCGUGAUAAUUAUCGUAUACGUGAUAUAUCGGAUAUACAUGAUUGUCAAUCCGAAUUGCUCAAACGAAGAAGUAGACAGAACGUAAUUCAAUACAUUUUCGCAAAAACUUUUCUAUCCGAUUUAAUGUCAACGCUAUUAGCAUAAAUGGUGUUUGUAACAGUAUGGCAGUGUUUAGCGCAAUGUUUGCUAGCGCACAAAUGUCUGCUUUUAUCUCGACGUUCCCUGUACUGUAUUUACUAUGGCACGCGAGACUCCUUUCGCUAAUAAUACGAAUUCUCUGGGUAAUUACUUCCUAUAUAAAACAGGAUCUUGAAUGAACAAUUCGUAGCGCGUUUUAAUUAAAAAUUCGCUUAGAACAGCGGAAAUUCAUCUUUGCUACAAGUGUUAGCGAAUAAUAGAGCAAAAAUUGGAUAUUUUCGAGAACCGUAAAUCCAUACACAUUUUAAUGAUAUUUUCAAAGAAUACGCAUUUACACACACACACAGAGAGAGAGAGAGAGAGAGAGAGAGAGAGAGAUGAAAGGGACUGAAGCAUUAUUACUGUCUUCCACUCACGUUUUAUGAUUUUGUUCGGGUACAGCGGAUGUUGUAUUAACUUUUUCUUUGACCGAAGACCUAAUCUUUCUGCAUAAAGGCCGUCUCUCUGCUCCUUUCUUACCGUACAAUAUGGUACGGCGUAAUUUUUUUGCAUCGCGUUAUCGUUUCCUGCUGUAUUGUAUUUAUUUUUCACUCCUGCUAUACAUACACAGCCGUAUAAGAGCAAAGGCGAGGCAAGUUACAUAAGAACAGAGAAAACUGAUCAUUAUCAAACUGUCGUUCAAUACAAAGGGCAAAUAGCGAAACAUGUUAAUCACGUAAAGUUAAAAUUUUCCGUAAGUCAUAGUGGAGGAAUCUUUUACGCGUAGUAAAAAUAUUUUACGUUAAAUAACUAAAAAUUCCAUACGACACACAUACGUACGUACGUGUGUGCGUGGAUAAAUGUAACGAGAGACAGACAAACAGACAGACAGAAAAAGAGAAAAGAUAUGUAAUAGGUAUACUACAGUAGUAGACUGACAAGCCAAGUCAGACAUGCGCUCUUAAAGAGGGAAUCGCGGCAGUGAAAGAGCUCGAGAGCAAAACCCACGUUUCAGUUUGUCGCGUGUGCUGGCACGGCGCGCAUAUCGUUCCGCGAAUCUCGGUAAACGAUGUCGAGAAAUAUGUGGAUCGUUUCGACGAAAAAAAACGCGUGCAACGCGAUCGUUUCGACCGACAAGUACGUGUCUCAUGCGUUUCGUUUCACGUGAAUUUUCGCGGAGAGAAGACAAAGCUAUCAUCGAGGGGAAACAAAAAUCGAACACGAUACAAUCGCGAUAUCGAUACGAAUUCGUGAAAAUACAGAAGCACGAUCACAUCUAUCAGGUUCAUAAUCUGAGAAUAAGCUUCGUUCGAUUAAUUGACGUAUUAUGUCACAUUCCCGUACAAUCUGCCGUCGCAAACACGAAUGAUUCGGAACUCUGUAUCAAUCGUCGACCGUUUGGUUGCGUCGUGAAUCGUUUUAAUCUAUUGCCACCGGCUGCAUCGGUAUCAUUCAUCAUAAUUCGUGUUACGGUGGAAUGUGGCCAAUCAGAAGCAGUAUUUUCGAUAAUUUUCCUGGAAACAAGACAAAAGCCAACCGCAAUUACCCCGAAUAUGAAGAGACAUUGUGUUCGCAGCUCACAGUCAGCGGUUCGUGCGGUUGUAUUUCGACUAAUACAGAUCGUGUGAAUAUCGUUCGCUCGAUAUUCCUAAUUUAACGAUAAGAAUAUCGUCGAUCCAUCUCCUAUGAAAAUCCUGAUGAAAGAAGAAAAUCUCGUUCGUCGUGGCGUUCAGUAUAAAAUGUUGUUCGCGUGUUUGAUCGUUCUCCAAUACUCUUUGUUCCAAACCAACGUCGGAUUAAGUCAUUCCUUCAAAGUCAAAGGAAAAACCGAUGGAAUCUCGUAUCGAUGUAAAGCUGAUCCUUGUUACCCAGACGGAUAUUAUAAAAUAUUUAUAUUAUAAAACGCACAGUAUUUACGGUGUUCCCUUAGUGUUUACGUAGAAAACAACUUGCAGCAUUCGCAGAUAUCGUACGGCUAUAUUGUUAAUUGCCUUGUGGCAAUUAGCAAUCAAACGGUACUCAUUAGAGCGAAAUAAUGACGGAUUCGCCAAUACCGUCGGUCAGCAACAUUCAGAGUCGCACUCAUACCGCAAGCCAGUCUCAAGUUCAAACGCAAAUUCAAGAUGACAAGAACGAGAAAACGGAGAAGGCUGUUCUUUUGCAAAUUCAAGAGAUCAACAACCAAGUGGCGCAAUUCCGCGAUCUGCUGAUAAACAUCGGCCAACCACGAGACUGUCCGGAACUUCGAGAGAAAAUUCGGAGAUUACGACGACAUUGCGUAGAAGCGUGUAGAAACACGUCCCAGCUCAUACUGCCACAAGUACGAAGAACAACGGAUAUCGGGAUCCCUGUUGACUGCCCAAAUUUGAUGCUGCUCUUUUAUGUUGUACAAUUAUUCCUGCGCGAGCUCUGCAAAAGUAAGAACCUCAUCCGCAUCGUGCCGAUGGAUAUGACGGAAUAUUACGAAACUCGAGCCGGGCCAUCCAACAUCGGCAACGUGAUCUCGCAGAUAGUCCUCUGUAAGCAGAUCACACCGGAUUUCUACGAGGAAGAAUUGUGCAGCAUCCAAAAGGACUCCGAGGAAAUUCGAGGCUUGAUGAACGAACUGCAAGAAUUUAUGCCCCAGUCGGGUGGCGAUAUAGAAAAGUACUCGGCUUUACAGAGUGCCGGAAGUAGGGGUAACCGUCCCAACGGCAGACGGAUGCAUCGAUGGAACCAAAGCCACGAAAGGCCUAGCAGGCCUACCAGACAAUCGUCCUACUUUCGCGGAGCUUUGAAUCUCUUUUGUUGCGCCGCAAGAGCCAACUAUGUUUAAUCGAACUAAACGUAUUUGCCCACCUUUCUCUUAAAAAAAUCGUUUCACAAAAGUUUUUAAUAAUUUAUAUGCCUAAUUUCCUUUCGUUUUUAAUUUUCUAUCUGUAAAUUUUAAGAAUAAGUGAUAAAAGGAGAACAAAUUUUCGCUAUAUUUUUAAAUCAAAAGGAUAUUCAACUCUAGUCGAUUAGUCGAUAAGAAACCUGAUACUGAAGCUUUAUUUAGUUCAUAAGUACGGAUCUCUAAAUAUAGAAACAUAUUCGGUAUUUUUAUAAAAAAGUUUCAUUUACUGCGUAAUCGUUUAAAUAUAUUGAAAAAUCUGACUUAAACUUACGGUGCAAGUGAGUUGUUGCAUUGUUGAUCGACCACUCGGUUCCAUAAAAUUAUGAAGACAGAUCGAUUUCUUGAUAAAAUUUAAUUAGACUUUCUCUCGUCCAUCGAUCAACACCAACGGCAUAAUAGCAUCUAGCAUUUAAAGAAAAAAAGAGUCAAUGUAAAAACAAUCAUUAUAGAUGUGACAUUGUCGUUUAUUUGUGUAUUUACUACUCGAAAUCCGAACUGUGAUGAACGAGCUCAAA